UGUCUCAUUCGCAAGAUGGCGGAGGCUGCAAACUGCACCAUGGAGAAUCUUGUAACCACGCUGGCUAAUGGGAUGAGCCUGCAGACUCCGCUAGAAGAUGUCUCAUGCACCCAGCUGGAAAACAGCAGCAAACCAACAGCAGAAGAGAUGACUUCCAAGGAUUACUACUUUGAUUCCUACGCUCACUUUGGGAUCCAUGAGGAAAUGCUGAAAGAUGAGGUCCGCACACUGACCUACAGAAAUUCCAUGUUUCACAAUCGGCAUCUCUUCAAGGACAAAGUGGUCCUGGAUGUUGGCAGUGGCACAGGAAUACUUUGCAUGUUUGCAGCCAAGGCUGGUGCCAAGCAGGUCAUUGGGAUUGAAUGCUCCAGUAUCUCUGAUUAUGCUGUCAAAAUAGUCAAAGCCAACAAACUUGACCAUGUCGUGUCCAUCAUCAAGGGCAAAGUGGAGGAAGUGGAGUUGCCUGUGGAAAAGGUUGACAUCAUCAUCAGUGAGUGGAUGGGCUACUGUCUCUUCUAUGAGUCCAUGCUCAAUACUGUCAUCUAUGCCCGGGAUAAGUGGCUGACCCCAGAUGGACUUAUUUUUCCAGACCGUGCCACGCUGUACAUCACUGCUAUUGAAGAUCGGCAGUACAAAGAUUACAAGAUCCACUGGUGGGAGAACGUAUAUGGAUUUGACAUGUCAUGCAUCAAAGAUGUGGCAAUCAAAGAGCCCUUGGUGGAUGUUGUUGACCCAAAGCAGUUGGUCACUAAUGCCUGUCUCAUCAAGGAGGUCGACAUCUACACAGUGAAGGUGGAGGACCUCACCUUCACAUCCCCCUUCUGUCUCCAAGUGAAGCGCAAUGACUACAUCCAUGCCUUGGUUGCCUAUUUCAACAUAGAGUUUACCCGAUGCCACAAGCGAACUGGAUUCUCUACCAGCCCUGAAUCUCCCUACACCCACUGGAAACAGACAGUCUUUUACAUGGAAGACUAUCUAACAGUGAAGACAGGAGAGGAGAUAUUUGGCACCAUUGGCAUGAAGCCCAACGCCAAGAACAAUGUGAGUCAGGGGGUUGGUUCUUUUCCUGCAGUGUUUUUCUGGAAAGUUGACAUCAUUUCCUCCAAUGGCAAACUUGCUUGGGAAAUAGAAAUCUAGUGUACAGAAGCUUCU